AUGAAUUUUUUAAUCAUUUCUACUCUUGCACUAAUUACCUAUCUAACAUUGGAUAUCAUCUUCAACGAUUAUCUAUGGAGAAUGAACAUUGAUUUUACAAUAUUUCUACAGAAUAACUCAUUUCCAGGGGAGGAAUCAAUAUUUACAUUCUUUUCCUAUGUAAUUCAACUACCUAUAAUAAUGGGAGGAUUGCAAUUAAUGUUAUCCAGCAAAAAGAUAGAGUCCAUUUUAUACAUCUUUAUAUGCAUAUUCGGAUUCACAAGCAAUGGUCUAUUGAAAAAUGCUUACCAUUAACCUAGACCAUAUUGGGUGGAAAAUGAAAUAAAAGGUAUUGGAUGCAAUAUGGAAUUUGGCAAACCCUCUGGUCAUGCUCAGACUGCAGUCAUUAUAUAUUACUCAUACCUAUUCAUAUUUUAUCCUUCCACUUUCAUCAAGAACAAAUAGAAAGUCUCCGAUAAUCAGGGGAAAAGUGAUGACCAGGACCCAUAAAUUAGAAAAGGCUUAAUUAUAUUCCUCAAUCUCUUUGCCUUUUUCUGCAUCAUUAUGACUGGAUUGUCAAGAGUAUUCCUGGGAGUGCAUACCAUUGGAUAGGUUACUUUGGGAUGGAUAUAUGGAGUUUAUAUAGUGUUAAAUUAUCAGAUUUAUUGUCAUCGAUUUCUAUUGCAGUACAUUAAAAAUCAAUUGCAAUUGAACGGCGAAGAACAUGUGCGAUUUUAAAGACUGUCUGUUUCCAUUUCAGCCAUGUUCAUCCUUGUUAUUUUGAUAGACUUAACCCUACUGGAAUUGAACAGAAAAGUGUUUAACCAAGACGAAGAAGAAGUUAACAAAUGGUUGUUGAAGAUUACCGAAUGCAAAGAUAAGGAGAUCGGAUAUUACACCAGAGAUCAUACCAAGGUGCUAUACAAUGCUUGUUUCACAAAUGGGACUCUGUUCACCUUCAUAUUUUCAUUCAUCCAAGGAUGCUUUUUUGGUCAAGGGAGUUUUAAUGAGGCGGAGUACUCCAAUUCUAUGAAAGACAAGCCUCUAAAAUUCAAGUUGAUUAGAGUGCUCUUCUAUCUACCUCUGGUGAUCCCACUACCUCUAUUGGCGAUCUAAACAUAUAAUAUUUAUAUAACAACUUUUCUCAUAUUAAUCCCAGCCAUUUUUAUUCUAUGCUGGUACCUCACCAUUGUGUAUCCAAAUGUGUUGAAGAAAUUCAAUUAUCAGAUAAAGGGAGAGUUUUUGGAAUCAAAUACAGAUUAUUAUGAGUCAUUAUCUUAAACUUGA